UCUGCUUCUGGCGUCUGCUAACGUCAGACGUCAGCUCGUGACAGUGCAUGCAGCACAACAAAAGGCUGUAUUUUUAAAUGUAUCUUGAAAGAUUCUUUAAGGAGACAGUUUCAAAACUUGGGAAAAGCUCCCAAUUUGUUAGUCUAAUACCACCCGAUAUGUUCGAGUGUCGGUGACGAGUCGCAUUUUAGGAAAUUCUCAUGGUCAAGGUUAGGGUGAGACGACGCGGGAAUCCACACGAAGUAGAAGACCCACAUAAAAUUCGUCAAUAUGAACGCAUUACGGUUGUAUCAAAAUGCGUACAAAAACAAACCUCUAAUAACGCACGCCAUAGAAACAGGGAUCAUAAUGACUUCAGCGGAUUUUAUAUCACAACUUGUGGUUGAGAAAAAGUUGUUGAACUCUGUUGAUGUGGGACGAUCACUGAGAUUUGGUGUGAUAGGUCUUUGCAUUGUGGCACCAGGUAGGGCUGCAUGGUAUAAAGUCCUGGAGAAGAAACUCCCUGGCUCAACUCCAGCUACUGUGUGUAAGAAACUAGCCUUAGAUCAAGUUUGCUUUGCACCACCAUUCGUCCUUGUCAUUUUGACUUCUGUGUGCUUUGCUAAUGGUAUGCAUCCACAACAAGUAAUGCAAAAGCUUCAGAAUUCAUACACUGAAAUCAUGCUCAACAAUUUGAAGGUAUGGCCUUGUGUUCAAUUAUGCAACUUCUAUCUAGUUCCUCCACAUCUCAGAAUGACAACAGUGCAGUUUGUAUCACUCCUAUGGAAUAUCUAUUUGUCAUGGAAAGCAAAUGUAAAUAAAUCAGCAUCAUGAAAAUCAAA